UAUUUUGAUAUAAUAUCACAACUCUAACGCAGUUCUAAAAAUUGCUAAUUUCGAGGGCCACACAAGCCACCGACGGUACAGAAGAGAACCAAAGAACUGGGAGACCAGCAAAGCAGUACCGACUGCUCCGCAAGGUCCAAUUACUCAUCAUCGGAAGCGCUUACCAUCGAACCAUUGAUUUGCCACUCAUACAAGGGCAAACAAAAGUUGGCACGCACACAAAUCCAUAAAUCGUUCCCAGAACACUCAUUUUCCAACACACACACGUACAGAGGUCAGGAUGACUGCGCCGCGACGCCUACGAAAGGAACUGAGUGACUUGCAGGAGAACACACUGAAGGCCUUCCGGGACAUCAAGGCCGAUGACGACAACCUGCUGCGCUGGACGGGACUAAUUGUCCCCGACAAUCCGCCGUACAACAAGGGUGCCUUCCGCAUCGAGAUUAACUUUCCGGCGGAGUAUCCUUUUAAGCCACCCAAAAUUAACUUCAAGACACGUAUCUAUCAUCCGAACAUCGAUGAAAAGGGUCAAGUGUGCCUGCCGAUCAUCAGCACCGAAAACUGGAAGCCGGCCACGCGCACAGAUCAGGUGGUGCAGGCACUGGUAGAUCUAAUUAAUGACCCGGAGCCAGAGCACCCGCUUCGUGCCGAGCUCGCUGAGGAGUUUCUCAAGGAUCGCAAGAAGUUUGUGAAAAAUGCUGAGGACUACACCAAGAAGCACAGCGAAAAACGCCCGGCGGAUUAGCAAGCUUGAGACGAGUGACCCGCAUCCUACAUCCUGAUACAUCCUAGAUCCCCAUUAGUCUUGUGAUUUUCAGUUUAGUUAUUAAAUUAUCAUUUUUCCCUUAAUAAACUACCCUCAAAACAUGUAAACGGAUAUCCGUGGCAGAGAACAUAGUUUUGUAAAAGUAGCACUGUAAUUUUAUGCAAGUGAGAAAUACAUGUUCGUUAUGUUAAC